AUCAUGCACCUAAGAGGUGCGCGGAGGGAGAGAGACAACAAUGUGUGGGAAGUGAAUUAAUUUUCCGCCUUUACUCGCUCUCUUUUACUUUUCUUUUUUAUUAUCACUAUUUGAAUACAUUCAUACCAGUAUUUUUUGUUAUAAAUGAGCACUCCCACUGUAAAGAAAAGUAUUCCAAAGGAUGAAUGGGAACAGCGUUUAACAAAAGUCAAAGUAAAUAAGCAAGAUCUAAAUCAACUGGUCAUGAAUUAUCUCGUGGUAGAAGGUUAUAAGGAUGCAGCGGAACAGUUUAGUUCAGAAAGUGGGUUGGCACCCACAGUCGAUCUGCAAUCUAUUCAGGAGCGAAUGGACAUUCGCCAUGCUAUUCAGUCCGGCGAUGUGGAUACAGCCAUUGACUUGGUGAAUGACUUGAACCCAGAGAUUCUGGAUACAAACCCUCACUUGUUUUUUCACCUUCAACAACAACGCCUGAUCGAGUUAAUCCGUAAAGGACUUUUUCAAGAGGCACUGGAAUUUGCAUCAGAAGAAAUGGCGCCACGAGGAGAGGAGCACCCCGAGUUUUUGGAGGAAUUAGAGCGGACAAUGGCAUUAUUGGCAUUCCAGGAUAGCAAGGAUUCGCCUGUACAAGACUUACUUCAUCCCGGACAGCGACAAAAGACAGCGAGUGAAUUAAAUGCGGCCAUUUUGAUGAGUCAGUCACAGGAAAAGGACCCUAAAUUACCCAACCUGCUUAAGAUGUUGGCUUGGAGUCAGGAACAGUUGGAUGAACGUAUGAUAUAUCCUAAGAUCGAGAAUUGGGUCAAAGCUGAUUUGGUGUUACGUGAUGAAAAUGGUAAUCAAGUCGAGGAAGAUAUUACCAUGUCAUCUUUGUAAUAAAUAAUGGAGUAUGAAAAUAAGUGGGCAAAAGGGCAUUGACCCCCAUUCUUUUUUUAUAAGAAGGUGCUACCGAUAAAUAAUAAUAGCUUUUUUUUUUUUUUUUUUUUUUUUUUUGUAACCCGCUUAUUCCCUCCCGAUCAUUUGCAUUUUCCGAUCAAUUAGCGAAACUUUCAUGUGGAUAAACAGUGAUACAAAUAGAAUAUUUUUUACUUCUCCUCUCAA